AUGCAGUGUCAACGAGCACACAUUUGUGCCUGUGAUUGCAUCCAGUCCUUUUGUAUUGAAGUCCCUGCCCUUCAUCCCAUCACAAUGAUCUCUUUAUUCUUUAUACUCCUGGUAGCAGUAACGUAUGCGACAGCACAAGCGCAGUCUACCGCUCCGAUCCCAAUUAUUCGCUUCGAAUCAGACGGCCCUAAUCCUGAUGGCUCAUAUAAAUGGCUAUACGAGACAGGUAAUGAAAUCAAUGCUGAAGAGUCAGGCUACGUGAAGAACUUCGGACAAGGUGAAGGCAAAGAGAUACAAACUGCGGAAGGCAAGUUCAGCUAUAAAGCUCCCGACGGCUCGCUCAUUGCACUCACGUACAUUGCAGACGAAAACGGAUUCCAACCACAGGGCGACCAUCUGCCAACUCCUCCACCAAUCCCGCCAGCAAUUGCAAAAGCCCUAGAGUACUUGAAGACCCUUCCUCCUGGAAACAACGAAGGUGCUUCAUCCAAUAUCAAGCCUCAAUAUCAAGCCGCACCUUUCAAGGCCAGGCCACGAUUUUAA